CGGAGACAGGUUUGUAUUAUUUGGUUCGUCAACCAAUAGAUGAAGCUGCCGGUUGGACUUCAGGCAAACUAACUUCCCUGAGCUAGCGAGUGAGUGAGCGAGCUUUGUUAGCCUGCUAACUAGCUGAGCUGACAGAAAACAAACGGCAGUCUGCUCCUUAGGCUGCUGGAGCAACAACUUCAGCUGAAACACGGGCUGUGACCAUGGAGAGACCGAGCAGCUCUAAAGACGGAGCUCAGUGCGCGGAGGAAGCCUCUCAUUCCGUAGGAACCUGGCGGAUAUGAGCACCGAGAAAUGAGACGGCACAUGUUACACCGAGGCAAUAAUUACAAUAACAGUGGUAAUAACAAUAAAAUACUGGGAGGGAUAUCAGAGUGAAGCCGAAACCUUUGUUUUUGAGUGCUGUGAGAGUGUGAGAUCGAAGUGCCUAUGGCGGAGUUAGAGGAGGACGGAAGGCUCCCUCCGGCUCAUUUCGGGCACACCGCCGUGCCCAGCGACGAGGCUGCGGGGAAGACGCAUUGCGAAGUGUCGGUUCUGAAUGGAGACUGUGGGAUUUCGGAGAAUAUGAUGUGCCCAGGCUCCCCGCUCACACCUGGCAGCCAAACCGGAGUAGAAGCCGCCAACACCUCCGUGGGGCCGGAUGCCAAAUCUGACAUACCUCGCCGGAGCAGCAUUAUUAAGGAUGGAAGACAACGAAAAGAAAGAAAGAAGACCGUCUCAUUCAGCAGCAUGCCCACUGAAAAGAAGAUCAGCAGAGUCAGCGACUGCAUCAAUGCCAUGGUGGAUGGCUCUGAGCUGAAAAAAGUGCGAUCCAAUUCACGUGUUUACCACCGCUACUUUCUUCUUGACGCCGACAUGCAAUCAUUGAGGUGGGAGCCAACGAAGAAGGAGUCUGAAAAGGCAAAAAUAGACGUGAAGUCCAUCAAAGAGGUCCGGACAGGCAAGAAUACAGACACUUUUAGAACUAAUGGCACCUAUGACCAGAUAUCAGAGGAUUGUGCUUUUUCAAUCAUCUUUGGGGAGAAUUACGAGUCCCUGGACUUGGUGGCGAACACAGCAGAUGUAGCCAACAUAUGGGUGACUGGUCUGAGGUACCUGAUCUCUUAUGGGAAGCAUACCUUGAACAUGAUCGAGAGCAGCCAGAACAACUUGCGCUCAUCUUGGUUAAGCGACCUCUUUGAUGAAGAUGACGUUAACCACAACAAACAGAUAGCAAUAUAUGCUGCCGUGCAACUAAUAAAGAAACUAAACCCGGGACUUAAAAAUGUGAAAAUAGAACUAAAGUUCAAGGAGCUCCACAAAGCUCAAGAUAAAAGUGGGUCUGAUGUGACAAAAGAAGAGUUUGCUGAAGUUUUUCAUGACCUUUGCACAAGACCAGAGAUUUAUUUUCUUUUUGUUCAGUUUUCCAGUAAUAAGGAGUUUCUUGAUACUAAGGACUUAAUGAUAUUUCUGGAAGCAGAGCAGGGAAUGGCUCAGGUCAGUGAAGACACCAGCUUAAAUGUCAUUCACAAGUAUGAACCAUCCAAAGAGGGCCGGUUAAAGGGAUGGCUCUCUCUUGAUGGGUUCUCUAACUAUCUUAUGUCUGCAGAGUGCCACAUAUUUGACCCUGAGCACAAGUCUGUUUGCCAAGACAUGAACCAGCCUCUGUCCCACUACUACAUCAAUGCAUCCCACAACACGUAUCUGAUAGAGGAUCAAUUCAGAGGUCCUUCAGAUGUGACGGGGUACAUCCGUGCUCUGAAGAUGGGUUGUCGCUGUGUGGAGCUGGACGUGUGGGACGGGUCUGAUAACGAGCCCGUUAUCUAUACUGGUCACACAAUGACUUCACAGAUUGUUUUCCGCAGCGUCAUAGAUGUCAUCAAUAAGUAUGCCUUUGUUGCCUCUGAGUUUCCUCUGAUUCUGUGUUUGGAAAACCAUUGUUCUGUAAAGCAGCAGAAAGUCAUGUUUCAGCAUCUGAAGAAGAUCCUUGGAGACAGGAUCCACGUAGAUUCUCCAAAACUCGAGGACUGUUACCUCCCAUCUCCAUCUGAACUGAAGGGAAAGAUCCUGCUGAAGGGCAAGAAGUUGGAUACAAACUGUACUGCUUCAGAAGGAGAAGUGACGGACGAGGACGAGGGGGCAGAGAUGUCUCAGAGGAUGAGCAUCGAGUCCACAGAGCAGCAGACUAAUGCACCCAAAAAGAUCCCGCUGCUUAAGGACCUCUCUGAUCUGGUGACGCUGUGUAAAUCUGUGGAGUUCAAAGACUUUCCAACAUCUUUCCAGAAGCAGAAACCCUGGGAGCUCUGCUCUUUCAAUGAGGUGUUUGCCACUCGCUGUGCGUGUGAUUUCCCUGGGGACUUUGUCAACUAUAAUAAGAAGUUUCUUGCAAGAGUUUACCCGAGCCCAAUGCGGAUCGACUCUAGCAACAUGAAUCCACAAGAUUUCUGGAAGUGCGGCUGCCAGAUUGUAGCCAUGAACUACCAGACUCCUGGGCUAAUGAUGGAUUUGAACAUCGGUUGGUUCCGUCAGAAUGGUAACAGUGGCUAUGUUCUCCGACCGGCCAUCAUGAGGGAGCAGGUCUCAUAUUUCAGUGCCAACACAAAAGAUUCAGUGCCUGGGGUUUCUCCACAGCUCUUGCACAUCAAGAUAAUCAGCGGACAAAAUUUCCCCAAACCCAAAGGCUCCGGUGCUAAAGGAGACGUGGUGGACCCAUACGUGUACGUGGAAAUACACGGCAUUCCUGCAGACUGUGCAGAACAGAGGACUAAAACAGUCCACCAAAAUGGGGACAACCCGCUGUUUGAUGAGAGCUUUGAGUUUCAGAUAAACCUUCCUGAGCUCGCAAUGGUGCGCUUUGUGGUUCUAGACGAUGAUUAUAUUGGAGACGAGUUUAUUGGCCAGUAUACGAUCCCCUUUGAGUGUCUCCAGCCUGGUUUCCGCCACGUACCGCUACAGUCUCUGACAGGAGAGUUGCUGCCUCAUACUUUGCUUUUUGUCCAUGUUGCCAUAACCAAUCGAAGAGGUGGAGGAAAGCCACACAAAAGGGGAUUGUCAGUAAGGAAAGGCAAGAAAAGCAGAGAGUACGCUAAUAUGAGAGUGCUGCAGAUCAAGGCUGCCGAUGAGGUCUUUAAAACAGCCCUGCUGCCACUCAGAGAGGCCACUGACCUCCGAGAAAACAUGCAGAAUGCCAUAGUGUCCUUUAAGGAGCUCUGCGGCCUUUCAGCCGUGGCCAACCUGAAGCAGUGCAUCUUGGCCCUUUCCCCUCGGCUGACAGGACCCGACAACAUCCCGCUCCUGGUGUUUAACCUCUCUGACCCGUACCCUAACCUGGAGCUCCAAGGCCUGCUCCCAGAGGUCCUGAAAAAGGUCGUCAUCAGCUACGAUAUGAUGAUCCAGACCAGCAAGACCCUGCUGGAGAGCUCUGACGGCGUGUAUGAGAGGAUUUUGCAAACUCAGAAAGCAGCGAUGGAAUUUCAUGAAAACCUGCAUGAUCUGGCUGUGAAGGAAGGGCUGAAGGGCAGGAAGCUGCACAAGGCGGUGGAAAGCUUCACAUGGAACAUCACCAUACUGAAGGGUCAAGCCGACUUACUAAAACAUGCCAGAAGUGAAGUCCAGGAAAACCUCAAGCAGAUCCACUACUCAGCGCUCACCUGCAACCUGAGCAAAGGAGGAACAGCGGGCGGCUCCUCCGGCUCCACGGACUCCAAGAGCCGACGCAGCUUGGAGGCCAUUCCUGAAAAAGCCACGGGGGAGGAGGAGCUGACGGAUGAGGAAAACUGAAGACUUCCUGUCGUUCUCCUUCAGCCACAUCUACUCUCUUCUUUCUGCAUCUCCAAACCUGGAGUUCCUCUGUCCAUCUUCACCCAGGUGCUGUCACUCUUCACCCUCCAUCAUGGACAUUCCUCAACCUAAAGCACAGUUAAAACUCCUUAGACCAAUAAAAUCAUACGGAUCAUGUCUUUGUUUCAAACAAGAUAUUUAGAAAACACAGGAAAAUGUUUUGCUACCCUUCAACUUUCCUAGACAUCCAAGUGAAACUAUCUGCUUCAUGAUUUUCCUGUUUCCUCUCCUGGAUGAGUCAGGAGUGAACCAGCGGCCCUCAGACUGUUCCAGACUUUAAACACAAGCACUUCUACUUAGCGGACCAGAGGACACAAAGAAGGUCUUGGAUUGUUGCAAGGAUUUUUUUUUAAAAGCACAAUUUUCCUGAGCUGUGAAUGUAACUGGGACUGAAGAGUGGGAACAAAAAUGUUCAGAAUGAGAGUAAAGAGCUGUUUACAAUUCUGGACUUGUUCAUGUUCUCGUUUGCCAAAACAGUAGUAAACUAUGUGCAUAUACAGAGUUUCCUGUCAGCUUUUUUUCUGCAGAGUGCAUCAUUUUAUUAUUGUAUACUUGGAAAUAUGAGAGUUAUUUUAUAAAAGUUAUACGAACACAAGUGUGGAGAAAAAGUUUUGUUUGUGGACAAAACUUCCAACAUGAGGAGGCAGAAGGACGUAAGAGACAGAGAGAGAAUGUAUCCAUGUUGUUGUCCAGUCUCUCUACUCUGAACCAGCAGCUGCAUGAAAGGAUGUUGACACGUUUUUGUUCGUUCUUUGUUUAGAUGUGCUUCUAUUUCAGGGCAAGUUUUUACCAAAGUUCACUUUAUGUUGGAGCUCAAAGUUUAUUUUAAACCCAAAACUAAACCAGUUCAACUUAUUUAGAAAGAUGUAAACACGACAAAUCAAUUGUUGCUGGUAGUAAUCUGCAGAUAGCCACGGUUUAUUAGCCUUAUUUAGAUUUUGAGAACAUUUUACAGAAAAACGGUUUGUUGGAUGAAUGGACGACACGCUUUGAAGGAAACAACCUUAUUAACCUAAUGUUUAAUUAUACAGAUUAUUAACUGAAAGCAUUCUGCACAUUACUUUCUGUAUCUAUGGUAGUGGCCAUAUACUUUAAGUGAACACAAUUUUAUUUAACAAACCUGCUAACAGUGUUAGAAUGGCCUUUUAUUGGGAUAUUAAUAUCCUUUUUUAAAUUAUGGUUAAACAAUAUGUAGUGAAUAUUGUUUCAUAAACAUUUAUAUUUUUGGAAACAGAACAGUACAAAAUGAUGGCGUUUUUAAAGAAGGUCUUUUUUGUAGAUUUUAUUUUUUAAAUAGGGAUUGUGAGAAGUACUAAUUAGUGAUCAGUAUCUUACUGCAGUAAAACUUAUUUAUGCCCUUAAGCCCUCAAAUUUAAACCUCAAUCGGUGAUUUUAAUCAUUAGCUAAAGUUUUUACUGCAUCGUCUCAUUCUUGCAUAAGACGGUUGUCAAAGUGUUUUUCUUAAAUUAUUUUGCUAUUCUCUCAGAAAAAACAAACAAAAUGCCUCUGAAUUAUUAUGCAUGAGGAUGAUUCACAGUAUUUUCUGGAACAUUCUUUACACUUAAUAAAGGUUAGACAAACCA